CUAUAAGUCUGGAGCACGGAGUCGAUCAACCUUCUGUCUGCCUUUGUGUGUGACUGUUUUGAGGAAGAAUGCAGAAAUUGUUAUACACAUACCUGGUGGCUGACGACUGCUAAAGAAAGAAUAGUUUUACUGGGCAAAUGUCAUCGCUCAGGUUAAAGAUCUCAGCUAGCUGCCAUUAUACUUCACACCGUGGCAAGUAUUCUCAAAGAACCACAACUUUGCGGUGACAGAAUAAUGGCGUGAUUAAAAGACUGAUAUUUAUUCUGCGGCUUUUUUGACAAAUAUGAGCAGAGACGUCUCUUUGAAGGUAGUGUCUGUUUAUAUCAUAGCAUCAUUAUUCAGUGUUGCUGAGUGCCAGACAAAGUUCCUGCACAAUGGUCUGAUUGAAGAUGAAAGACACAAGACGGCAAAACUAUCGUUUAAACUUGGUGAUGGUGGGAAAAAUGAAGUGCAAUUAUCUGAUGUGAAAAAUAAGUUAAUAACACCGACAGCUGAUUACAAUCAUGGAAUAAAUAGGACCAAUAGUUCAGAUGCAGGAGGUAUCAACAUUCAUGCUGCAAGUACUUCAAAUAGGACAACUCAAUCGUCAAAUAAAUUCCUCUCAACACCAGUGUUACUUCAUAAGACAAAACCAACCUCAGCAGCAUAUCUACCAGAUUCACUGUAUACAAAGUUCACUAGGAAUUCAACCCAUUCAGAAGAAAAAUCUGCUACAUUUACAACAACAAAGCAGAACUGGUCAACCAUUCUUAUAUCAGUACUCCCACAAAAGCAGACCACAGCAUGGGGCAGGCCUGUCAAAAUAACUGGCAAGUCAGUCGAUUUAAAUGAAGAAAUAACGAGGCAGAAUGGGGACACUGGGCAAAGUGUUCCCACAACAAUGCAACUUAAAGCACAAAUUACUUCAUGGGACAUUCAUCAAACUGCAUUGGACAAAAGUAGCAGUGAGGUGAAUCCAAGUGAAUCCCACAGUACUUUGUUGCCAGUUACCAAAGACAAUUUGAGUGUACAAUCAAAAUGGAGAAGUCUACUAAAUGCAACUGGUGCCAGACAUAUAGUAUCACCAGUGUCAAUAAACGCUUCAAGCAUGCCAAGUACACAGAACCACAGCUUAUCUUUGUUAGAACACCAUUCCAGUGCUUCAUUAUCAGUUGGCCAGCAGUCUGUUGAAAAAACUGAUAUUUUACCGAUACUACCCACAUUAGAGUCAAGAGUCCAUGUGUCUGAUGAGAUUGAAUUACAGUCGUCUACUGCCCUGCUAAUGAGUCCUAAAGAAAGUUCAAUUAAAUUUGUUCAAAACACCAAUACAGAGUUGAGUUCUGAUACAUCCUUGAGUUCUGGGUCAAGUACACCAUUAAAAAUGACAACUCAUUCUGUUUUCUUGAACAGAAACACAACAACUAGAAAUAGGAAUACAAAUUCAACUAUGUUUGCAGCAAAUUCUGAACGUGGUGCAAGAAUAUCUUCAGUAUUAAGUUUCACAAAAACAAUCAAUAAGAGUGAAAUCACUAAUCAACAUCAAGGCUCUAUGUUAAUGAAUAAUACAACUCAUCCAGAACAAAAAACGCAUGUUUCCACAAUGUCAAGUUUGAAUGAUGACAUCAAAUCUUCAUCUGAUAUCAGUACUUCACUUCCCACUAAUACUGCUUCAACUAAACAUUUUCAACAGGCCACCACCAUCACAGUAUCACAUCUGAAUUCUGAUAUAUUGUCAAUAUCGUCUGUCACUACAGGACAUGUAACAGAAUAUCCAGAUUUAUCAGAUAAAAAUGAAACGAUUAAAGUUGUUAUUCCGGAAACUACAUCAAGAAUGUUCAGUAGUGAUGCAAAUACAGAAAUACCAGCAAAUUCCAUAGAUGCAGUACAACAAAUCACCAACACUUCAGUUCCCUCAUUUUCUUCAAGUAUUAAUCGAACCAGUGUACUGAAACCAACAACUGUCUUAAAAUCUGACGUUUCAACACAAAUGUCAGAAUCCAUGAAUACUAUUAAUUCCCUGUUAACUACUUUGAAAGAACCAAAUAUUAGACCUGAGCCAUUCUCUGUGUAUACCCCUCCAUCACUCACGACAACUAAUGAAAGUCAAAAGAAACUUACUGAUGAACAAGAGCCGUUUACGGAACCAUCUGUAAAACCAGAAACAAUGAUACAUGAUGCGACUACCGCACCUGCUGAUAAAGGAACGUACAAAACAAGAAAACCAGCAAUCUCCACAGCCGUGCUACAUCUUACUAGUGACCAAGAAUCAAAUGUAGAACCAGAGCCAUCGAUGGAACCAACCAAACAUUUAGUUACCAACACCACUUCAAGUAUGAGAACAGUCAGCAAACCAGUAGCAGUUGUGGAUCCAGAAGUUGAGCCAGAACCCUUUCCAGAACCAACCCAGCAAUCAACUACAACCAAACAUAUUCCCUCUGUUGUGAGUACAGUCAGCGAACCAGAAUCGGAGCUACCACACCAAUCAGAUGAGAAGCAUGAUUCAUCUGAAGAGACAGUAACAAGUAAGCCAGAAACGAAGCCAGAAUCUGGACCAGCAUACCAAACAGUUGAAAAAGACAAUUCAUCCAUAGGGAAAAUAACAAGUGAACCAGAACCAGAAUCAGAACCAGUUGAUAGAGACAAUUCUUCUGGAGGAAAAGUAACAAGUGAACCAGAAAUAGAACCAGAACCAGAAACAGAAACAGAAACAGAACCAGAACCAGAGUCAAAUGUGGAACCUGAAUCAGAAUAUGGAAACCCUGAGCCUGACACAAAUAAUGAGCCAGAAAUUGAACCUGAGCCAGAAAUGCCAUCUCAUGCUGAACCAGUACCAGAAUGGGAUACUGCUAUUAAUGAAGUGUGGGGGCCUGCCUGGGAAAUACAUGUGUAUGGUAUUGGAAUCUUGUUUGCACUCUUGGCACUCUACUCCCUUGUCAGUAUGAUCAGACUUCGAUCUCGUAGACUUCUUAGUCAGGGAUAUUUUAUUGCUUUGAACUUUAUCAUGUUAGUGAUGGGUAUUGACAGAGCUGUGUAUUUGUUAGUAGACCCAUACAAUUCACGCCAGUUAUUUCCCGCACCAUUAGCUUAUUUUUUACAUAGUUUAGCUUUCCCUUGUUUGACAUCUGCUUUCAGCAUUUUGUUUCUGGCUCUUUUGCAAUCUACAAAAAUGCAGUUGGUUUCUCCUAAAAUCCAAAAAGUUAAGAUUUUAACUUCAAUUAUUUGUGUGCAUUUUGCACUUUCUGUUUCAGCUGACCUAAUUGUUGGGUUCACCUCCCAGGCCAAGAUACUUCUUCUUGUUUGCCAAGCUGCCUUUGUUCUUUGGGGUCUUCUAAUUUCUUGUAGUUACAUUUAUAUUUUUAAAAGAUUAUAUAGUUCUACAGUCCAUAGGCUCAGAGAAAUGAGAAAAAUGAGUCUACAAAAAGCUGUAUAUGCUUUACCAGGAAUAAGACCAAUUAGGAAAAAGCCAAGGACAAGCUUAGGUACAGCUGUAAAGGUUACCCUUGUUACUGCCAGCUUUGGAUUACUUUGCUGUGGACUGCAGCUGUAUGGGAUGGUGGAUGUGUAUGGGUUACAUGCUCGACAUGAAGCCCCACAGCCGUGGCCUUGGUGGAUUUUCCAGUUCACUUUCAGACUCUGUGAGCUAGGAAUGUGUGUGACAAUGAGUUAUGUUGCAACACAGCCAUUUCGUUACACCAGGAAAGGAGAAAGAAAACAUAGCAGUAUAAAUUUUAGCUGGUGUACGAAAUGUUGCUGUUAUAACCAGCAUAAUAUCAGUGGGCUUGAUGUUAAUAAAUACCAGUACUCGUCAUCCGGGGAGGAUGAGCUUCAGAUAAUUCCGGAAUUUGAUGCUAAUCCUUACUUGCACAAUCCAUACCACGAACUACGGGAAUGUCCUACAACUGCGGAUGGAAAAAACAAAACUGUAAAAUAUAAAACAACUGAUUUUUCCUCUGGAUUGAACGGAAAGACAAUGAGUACCUCUCCGCAAAGCAAUUCCCUGCCAAGCCCCAGUGGGGGUGAUUCAUCUUUGGACUUCAGCCCUGGUGUUCUAUCCACAUUUAGCCUUGGUGGCAGUAUUGACAAUGCAUUAGCAGAUAGGGGGCUGCAGUUCAGUAGAGCAGUCAGCAUUCAUAAUGUUGAUAAAUCACUCGGUAACAGUUUUAGUGAUAGUCAAAAUGGGAAUGCAAAAUCUCUGUCUCAGCAAAAUGUUGGCGUAGAAUCAAAACAAAACAAUAUCAGUGUUUCUAUGAUGGAACUUGGAAUGAGUUCCACAAACUCUUCAAAACAAAGUUUGCCUCAAAGGUUGAAAGAAUCUUUCUCUAAACUUGGAAACUCCAAUUCAUCUAUAGGGGUCAGGAGACAGUAUUCACAAGUUUCCAUCAAUAGUAUUGAUAGUCCAGUUUAUACCAGUAAAGUCACAAACAUUCAGAGGAGCCAAAGUAUGCAUACUCAGCCAAACAUUCCAGAUAAAGAACUAUAUUAUCUGGGUAAAAGAGACUUGCAUCCAACGUUAGGAAUUACCGAACAGAUUGAGCAGCUUCUGGAAAGUGGUAGCGAAAGUGAUCAGCAACAGAAUGCUGAUUAUUGUUCAACAGAAACUGAGCUGCUGAAUUCGUCGCGCGAUUCAGAAAUUGAUCGAACUAGCGAGGUCUCCAAGACAGAGUCUGAGGUGCAUGCAAAUUUAGCCGAGCUUGAGCAUGAAUUCAGUGACACUUCUAUAACAAUUGAAUUGUAACUGAUUGGGGUCUGCUGAAUCAGUGCUGUGUAUUAUAGUUUGUUCUUGGUCUUAGAAGUUGAACUUCAAAAAACAAUUGACUAAGUUUUUAAUUGACGUUAUAUUAUAUUUUCUAUGUUUGGAUAUAUUUAAUUUGUUAAAAUUUUAAAUUGGUUUUGUUAAUGUUUUUAAAAUAGCUAUAAAUGCAUUUUGGAAUCAGUUAUCCUGGAUAUUUGUAUACAGUAACAGUAAAGCAUUAUAUUGUUAUUUGCUGCAUUAUGGAGAAUACAGUUUACUGUACUGUACUGUACUGUACUGUGUUUGAGCUAUUAGAAGUGUACACACCAAGUAAAUGCCAUGUUAGAAAAGUUUACUUGAUAUAUACACAAAUGUUGCAUUCCCACUUUGUAUUACUGUAAAAUACUUUAUUUUAGCUGGAAUUGAUUUUCGCCGAAAAGACAUUUUGAGGGUUUUGUAUGGAAUUUAUUUUCACUGAUUUUUGACGAGUUGAAUGUACAUUAUAUAAAAAAAAGUCUAUUCACUGGAAUUUAAAUUCACUGAAUAAUUACUUCAGCGAAAAUUAUUUCUAAGCAAAAAUAAAGUAUUCUACAGUAUAUGAAGAACACCUUCACUGAUUAUUGUGAUCACCAUGGAAAUAAUAAAAUUGGUUGGUUUGACAACAAACCCAGAAAUAUUGGUAGCUUGUACUGAAGAUCAAGGUGUCUAAUCACCAAAUCACUUGAGUCUGAUUUGAAUUUAUGCGAAUUGAAUGAAAUCCAUUGGGCUUUGUAAAGGGACUUCUGCAGUGGGAAUGCAACUGUAAAACAAAACACUUUUGCAUUGACUUUGUCAUGGUUACCAGUCUUCUAUGUGAUUUCAGGUAAAAUAGAAUCGUGAUGGCAAGUCUGAGUGCAUAUUUUCUCUCUCUUAGUAACAUGUGCGCUUAAGUAAAUUAUGGUUGUCCUUUUGAAUGUUUACGACCCAACAAUGCAAUAAAUAUAAUUUUUGAUUGAUGUGUGUAUAGAGAUGUACUUCUAAUACAGCAUGUAUGGUACAAAUGUACAUGUACACCUGCCUGGAUCCACACCUGACAUUGAUAAUAUAGUUUCAUAUGUUGCAUAUAUUGCACAUAUUCUAUUGUCAAUGACUCUUGACUAGUUGCAUGUAUGUCAUACUAGUACUGAUGACCUUAAUUUUCGCUGAUUUUUCCCUUUCAAUACUGUACUUAUUUUAAUUUUAUUUUAAAAAAUGGUUAAAAAACAUUUGAUAUCACAAACCCACAGAAUACUUGGUUCUUGUUUUUACCAUUUAAAGAUUUGUUACUUUGAAAGAUGAAAUGAACAGCAAUAUACUUGUAUACUAGGAACAUCAUUUCACAACUUUGCCAUGUCACUGGUACAGUAUUUGCUCUUUUUGUUGCGUAUGGGCCUAUAUAAAUUACAGCUGUAUUUCUAUGGUCGAAAAUAAGUGAUUUAGUAUACAACAAAUACAAUUUUUGGUUUAUGUCCACAUUUAUUGGAGAUGCGCAUCUAAUGAAGCAAAUAUAGUACAUUGUAUAAAUUUGGUUAUUUAAUAUUUGAAUGUCAAAGUCAACUGUCAUCACCUGUCACAAUUUGAAACCUGUGUGUAAUUUUUUCAUAUUUCCAUAAACUAAUUUGCUGAAGAUAUGUACAUGUAUGUGGUGGAAAAUCAUUUCAUUUGGUGGAAAAUUACGAACAAAAUUAUAGAAAAUAUCUAAAAUGUACCAAACAACUAUAUAGCAGCUGUUGAAUGUUUUAAUAUUUAAGUAUUUAAAUGAAAUGAAAAAUGUCAUAAAAUAAUAUAAAAAAGAAUAGCAAUUUCAUUGUUCCUGUGGAAAAUUAAUCUUAUUAGCAGAGUUAUCGCCAAUAAAUAUUUCUAUUUCAUUGGAUACUGAGGAUUGUCACAGUCACAAUCAAACCUUUUCUUUUCCGUCCCUUAAAAUUGUCUAUUGACAAUUUUUCCUGUCUAUAAAAAAAUAAACUCCAUUUAAAUUGAUAGCUGAAAUAAUGCUAAAAUACUAUACGCGUAAUUUAGUGAAUGCAUCUUCUUCAAUCCCUUCACUGCUUAGUUUAGAAAAGUUUCUUAUACUAUUUUAUGUAAACAUAAAUUUAUAAUCAAAAUUGCAACUUUAAUGCUGGCAUUUUGUUGUAUUCAAGAAUAAACAAUAAGUUGUAUUA